AUGAGAAAUAUCAAAGAAGCGCGAUUUUCGAGGCCAAUCAGAUCCUAUCCCAACCAGAGGGAUCCUAACUUAUGGCGUGAGUAUCAUGGGACUCUUGGCCACAGAACUAGGGACUGCCGGCAUCUGUGUAAGGGGGUGGAAACACUUUUGAAGAAUGACCAUCUCAGGGAGUUCUUGAGCGACCGAUCCAAGAAUAAUUACGGUCGCGACUGGGACAAUGCAGAACCCUCGAAGAUAGGGGAAGAACCUCCUCGACUGACUAUCAACAUGAUUUUUGGAGGGAAUGAAAUCAACGAUGUAACCUUCUCGGUGGCCAAGAAGACACAAGUAUCGGUGACCCACAACAAGAGACUCCAAGAAGUCACCAAAGACAACAUCACCUUCACAGAGAAGGAAACCGAUGGACUUCUUUUGCCGCAUAACGAUGCCAUGGUAAUUUCUCUUAAUGUUCUAGAUUUCAAGAUUAAACAUGUUUUUGUUGACCCAGUAAGCUCAGCCAAAAUCAUUCAUUGGAGAGUGCUGGAACAAGCCAAAUUAAUCGAAAGUAUCAUUCCGACAAUAAAACUCCUCACAGGGUUUAACCUGGUAAGUGUAACAACCCGAGGAGAGAUCCUGUUGCCUACGAAUACUGAAGGGGUCACGAAGACCACCCUAUUUGAAGUAGUAGACGGCGACAUAGGCUACAACAUAAUUCUCAGUAGACCAUGGUUACAUAAGAUGAAGGCCAUACCAUCAACAUAUCAUCAACUGCUAAAAUUCCCGACCCCAGAGGGAAUCAAGCAAAUAAGGGGAGAUCAACUGGCAGUGAGAGAAAUGAAUGCAGUGUCAAUUUCCAACAGUAAAGGGAAGGAUCCCAACAAAUAG